UCGCAGUUUCUAAGUGUAUCGUUGUUUUUCCCGUUGGUCCUUUGGCGCUUCUGCCUCUCAACACACACGAUGGAGUUCAAAUCUGGAGUACUUUGGAUUGCCAGCUUCAUUCUGCUGAUCAGUCAAGAACAUGUCUUCGCACAAACAAAACGCUCGUUCCGCACGAGCGCAGCGCAGGGCCGGGCGCUCGGCACGAACCCGCGCCAGUCGUCCUCGUCCAGCGUGGACUUCCAGUGCCCGGAGGAGUUCGGCUACUACCCGCAUCCGGCCGACUGCUCCCAGUACUACGUCUGCGUGUUCGGCGGGGCGCUCCUGGAAAGCUGCACCGGCGGGCUGAUGUACAGCCACGAGCUGCAGACCUGCGACUGGCCGCGGAACGUCGGCUGUGAGCUAUCGAGGGGUCACAGCUCACCCUCAGCUCCUGCCGCACCAUCCCGCACGGUAACGCCACGCGUCCCGCAGGUGCUCAGUCGGGUGCGCUUCUCGUCGGCACCAUCAGCUCCGUCGGGCCCCUCGGCCCCCAGUGGACCAUCGGGACCUUCGGGACCGUCCGGACCCUCGGGACCGGCCGAACCGUCCGCUCCGGCACGUAUCCAGCAGAUCCACACGCUGCCGCCACCGCCACCACCACCGGCUAACCCGAACCCGGUCAUCACGACGCGCGGCCAACCGAAGAACUCACCCCAGGAAGACAUUGCCAAGCUCUACGCAGAAGCGCACGAAACACUUCCGCCAGUGGAGGAAGAGGAGUCUGACCGUCAGCAGCGCGUCUACCGCGGGCAGCCCAGCACGGUGUCGCAGGUGCAGCGCGACCGGGACGGCAUCCUGCAGCAGCCGAGCGUCAACGCCAUACCGACCCAGGCCAAAGUAGGUUCGUUCGCGUACAGUGCUCAACCUCAGCCAUUCAGAACCACCUAUCAGCGGCCCUCCUAUCAAGCAGACUACGACGAUGCUCUAGUGGCUCAGCUGCAAGAAGAUCGUUACAAUACGAAGCAAACCAAUACGCAAAUCAGAAACGAGCUGAACUCUAUCUCGGACCGCCCGAUACUGGUCUCGUCCACGGUCCGUGCCUAUAACGGUCCCAAGUAUCAGACGGCGUUCGUUACGACACCCGAACCAUUCUCACUGCCGUCGUCAACUACAGCCAGAACCACCACCACCACCACCACCACAACUACCACACCAGCUCCAAUACCACAGUACUAUACAACCAGAUCAUCACAAUUGGACGAUCAAAGCAUUAAAACAACACCCAAAUCAAUCAUAUUAACACUCGCAGCACGCAGCGCGGGUCCCUCAUCGUCCCCCGAACCGCCUCCUCCCUUCCUGGUGUCCUUUGCUCCCCCGUCCUUCCGGUCCCCGUCCGAUGAGUCACGGUACCGCAGUAGCACUGCCUCGUCCCCGUCGGUGCCACCACGCCACAUCCAUCCAUCAUCAUCACCAUCACCAUCAUCAAGCACACCCUCCACACUCACCACCACCACCGUACCCAGUACCACGAGCACCACCACAACGACCACAACCGUCCGUACCGAACACUUGCCCCGGUUCCGACCGUCCCCCGAGUACAACCGACAUCCGGCCCGUCUGCCUUCGUCUCCUUCUCCACCGCCUCCCGAGAUCAAGUUCCAUCCGAUUCCGGACGAUCACUAUUACGACGACGAUGAGGAUGACGUAGACGUGGAGGACGGUGAUCCGAUCGACGAGGAACCGCUCGGACCGGUCCGACACUUUGGGUCUCCCAAGUUCCGCCCGGCCACCGACGACUCGGAGAAUGGGCACUCCAAGAAGCAGUUUAUCACCCAGAAGCUUCUGCCGGUGCUCUUGAGUCCGUUCCAGUCGGCGCGAUCCUCGUCCUCGGUUCAUGCGUACGCUGCCGGCCCGCCCGAGCAGACUCCCUUCUCAUACGAUCCCCAACCCGGGAACGACCAUCAGUUUGUGCCCCUGACGAGUACCUUCCCUCCAAGUACCACUACAAUACCUACCACUACUACUACUACUACUACUACUACUAGUACCACUACCACUAGAAGGCCCACAACUACUCCGUUGCCAAUCACAACAUCGCAGCUGCCCACCACAACGCUGGCCGUCCAGCGGGUGGUGCCAAAGUUUGUCCUCUCCGAGGUACAACCGUCCAGCUUUCGGACUCCUUUCAGUACGACGGCCAAAGCGCCUGACGCGCUGCCCGACUACGGUGGGUUCCUCUAUCGGGAAUCGCUGCCACAGCAUACCUUCCUGAGCGCCAUUGCCACUACGCUGUCGGCGACACAGUCCUCCACGAUCGCAACGACCACUCCGGAACCGGUCCGGUUCACUUUGGGCUCUCGGUCACGAACCGUGACACCGACCCCAUUCUCGUUACGGUUCGAACCGGUCCAACCGGAGCAGCCUUUCGGUAAACCGAACCGAACCUACACCCUGACUGGGCUGAGUGGUUCCCGGUUCGGAUCGCCGCUGCCCACCAGAACCACUUUUUCUGAUGACGUCACCAGUGUGACCACUGAAAGGACGACCCCUACGCCGCUGACCACCACGGUGACGACUUCCACCGUAGGCCCUAGUAGUAACGUAAGAUUCGUGAUAAGCUCUAGCCUUAGUACAACCGCACGGCCCCAGCCAGAUCGGACGCCGGCGCCGGUUGAGUCUGUUGCUCUUCAUAAGAGCCGCGAUCACGUCGAACCGACCGCCUCCAGUGACUGGGUGCCACGUGCGCUGAUCCAGGAGAAGGUGCUCUCCAGUCCCAGGACGAACACCCUGCAGGAGACGAACGAGCCGGAACCGGUGCAAGAAUUGGACGAACCUUUGUUGCGUACCGAUCCGGCCAAGGAUGACGGCGUAGGGGGGACGUCGACCACGUCGGCUCCAACGCGGUUCCCUCCGCGAACCACGCUGACUCCGUCGCUCGGUCCGCGGUCCUCGGAGGGCAAGAAGAUGGUGGCCGAGAAGGAGCCACCGAAAGUACAAAGCUUUACCUCGCGCGGCCUUAUCUUUAAGGAAGCGCUCAACAGAACGCUGGACCCGUCGGCCGGCCAGCCACCCGUCACCAGCCGGGUGGUGGUGUCGCCGUACAAGAGUCUCGAGGUGCAGCGUCAGACGACGUCCUCGGACAAACCGUUCGCGUCGACGUCGCGCGUCAUCUCGAACCUGUACCGGACGACGACACCGGAAAGCCUGCCUUUGGUGGGGCCCACGGUGAAGCGUCCGUUCUCGACGCCGGCUCCAAGCACUACGACGUCGACCACGUCGACUACGUCGACAUCGACGUCAACGUCGACAACGUCGACGACGACGGUGACUCCUAGCACCACCACUCUAGUGACCCCAGAAGAGGUCAGCGUCACGGCGGUGAGCAAACCCACCGAAGUCUAUCGCGGGCGCUACCGACCGGUGUUUAGCUUUGUGCGAUCGGCCGAGUCGAACGACGAGGUGACCACACCACGCUACCUGCAGUAUCUGCGUCCCCGUGGCCGUGGAUCACCUCGCCGGUCGUACACUCGCUUGAGGCCAACGGCCCAAAGCUACACGCAGCUCCGUUCGAGCACGGUGCUCGACAGCGAUUCGAGGAACGUUUCGAGCAGUCCCGGCUCGGGCUCGCUGGACAGUACCGUACUGUCCGUCGUAUCUUCCAGUGAGUACAGUGAGCGCCCGAGUGCGGCCUACUUGAACCACAUUCCGACGGCCGAUCCAAGGGCCAAGUAUGGGGUCGAGCUCACGGAAGCCAAGUCCCCGGUCAAGCAGGAGGCGAACCACACCGGCCAAGUGGUGCAGAUCACCGACAAACCGGUGUACUACACGCGGUUCCACGCGACCUCGACUGAAGUGAGCUCCUUUGCCCCUGUCGCCAACAGCAAUGGUGCUGGUCGACCGGUGGAGUCGACGACGAAGAAGUUCCGCGCCACGGUCGAGAUGCCGGAAAUGAACAUUCCGACCGAGAAGGAGCUGCAGCUGUCGUACCUCCACCAGGACACGAGUACGGGUACGAGCGAGGAGAGCACCCAAGUCGACGACGACGACGAAGACGAUGAGGAGCAGGAGCAGGAGCAGGAUGAUGAGGUAGACGAAGAUCUGGCCGAUUACUCCUACCUGGAGACGACGAAGACCACUACACCGACGAUCACGCCCUCGACUACCUCGACCUCGACGACGACGACGACGACGGGCACCCCUCGGAGUACCUUCCGGCCGAUGGCACGGGCCUCGAAGCGUUACAGCGUUACGCCCACCGUUACGGCCCCGACAACCGAGCGUUACCAUGUGCCAUCGCGCCCGUAUCCGAGUACGGCGCCCGAACGGAACCUGACUGGCUGGUCCGGUACGGCCGACCCGACUGCUGACAACGCUGCACGCCCCAUCUCCUCCACCCCGCCACCUUCCUUCCCUUCCUCGAGUUCUUCCACUCCUGUUCCGCCAGUUCCGGACGUAGUGGCCAGUGGCUCUGCGGGCUAUCCGAACGGUAGUCUAAACGUCGACGCUUCCUUCACACCAUCCACAAUCCCCACAUCCCCUGCCACCACCACCACCACGGUCCGCCCGCCAACCGCGACGUACGCCAUGAGCAAGCUCCCACCGCGCGCUUCCAGGGUCAAUAAUGCCAUAAAGACCACGAUCGCAGCCGCACAACUGCCACGCCGGUACGGCAAGCCGUCCGCAGCAGCAGCGGGAAAAAGCAUACAAUGUACAGAAAACUCGCUGUCCGCCAAGUGCAACGAGAUCCCGUCGAGGGGGGUGAGUAACAACAACAACAACCGGAACCGUGGCAAUUCACAGUACGCGACCGACGCGGUCCAGUCGACGAUCUCGGCCAACCGAGGAACCCAUCCACCACGAGCACGGCCAACGCUGAAGCCAUCGCAGAACAUUGUCUCGAAGGCACAGGAGUUCAUCGACAUCUACCGGUAUCCACCGACCCGUCCGGAGCCGCUCUACCCACAGCCGACCCCGGACAAGACGGCCGCCAAGUGCCGGAAGGACGUGUGCCUGCUGCCCGAUUGCUACUGCGGUGGUAAGGACGUGCCCGGGGAGCUACCGGUCGAGCAGGUCCCGCAGAUCGUGCUGCUCACCUUCGACGACUCGGUCAACGACCUGAACAAGCAACUGUACCAGGACCUGUUCGAGCGGGGUCGUGUCAACCCGAACGGGUGCCCGAUUACGGCCACGUUCUACGUGUCACACGAGUGGACCGACUACAGCCAGGUCCAGAACCUGUACGCCGUUGGCCACGAGAUGGCGUCGCACACGGUCUCUCACAGCUUCGGGGAGUCGUUCUCGCCGAAGAAGUGGGCCCGGGAGGUGGCCGGCCAGCGCGAGAUCCUGUCCGCGUACGGUGGCGUCAAGCUGGAGGACGUGCGCGGAAUGCGGGCCCCGUUCCUGUCGAUCGGGGGCAACAAGAUGUUCAAGAUGCUGCACGACUUCAACUUCACGUACGACUCGUCGAUGCCGGUGUACGAGAACCGGCCGCCCAGCUGGCCGUACACGCUCGACUACAAGAUCUUCCACGACUGUAUGAUUCCGCCCUGUCCGACCAAGAGCUAUCCGGGUGUUUGGGAAGUUCCUAUGGUGAUGUGGCAGGACCUGAACGGUGGGCGCUGCUCGAUGGGAGACGCCUGCUCGAACCCGCCCGAGGCGGACGGGGUGUACAAGAUGAUCAUGAAGAACUUCGAGCGCCACUACACGACCAACCGGGCACCGUUCGGACUGUACUACCACGCGGCCUGGUUCACGCAGCCGCACCACAAGGAAGGAUUCAUACAGUUCCUGGACGCGAUCAACUCGAUGCCGGACGUCUUCAUCAUCACCAACUGGCAGGCCCUGCAGUGGGUCCGCGAUCCGACCCCGCUCUCGCGCAUCAACUCCUUCACGCCGUUCCAGUGCAACUACCCGGAUCGCCCGAAGCGGUGCAACAACCCGAAGGUCUGCAACCUGUGGCACAAGUCAGGCGUCCGGUACAUGCGCACCUGCCAGCCGUGCCCCGAGAUCUACCCGUGGACCGGCAAAACCGGGAUCCGCUCGUCCCGCAUCGACAACGACAUCGAGGUGGCCGACACCAACUAAGUCACCCGGGAGCUGACCGCUGACGGCCGACACGCGAGUCCUUCCCCCUGAUUGGUUCCAAUUCCCCAUUUGGGGGCGGAAGGAUUUUUUUCUUUUCCCCAGCGCCCGCCAGCGUCAAAAGAAAACUAAUCGAACCGUCGCCGCCACCACACAGACUAGAUACCCGCUCGGGAGGACUCCGUUCCGUUUCAGAGUGUUCCGGCAGGGAACGCAGGAGCAUGAACUAGUUCUAGUGUAUGAUACUAUUUUAUUCCGCUAUAAAUUAUUAGAACUCUAGAGACUUGUCGCGAGUCGCGAGUGAACCGCGUACCGGCCGGGCACACACAGGUUUAGGUUGCGAUCCGAGAGUCGGCAAGCAAAAACGGCAGAACGGCAAACCCAAAACACCGGCCCCGGACGUGCUGUGUAAAUAUUUAUGAUCGCCCUGUUUGGGUAACUUACGGAACGGAAAGGCACAAAAUUAUCGACCCCUUUUCGAAGUCGGAUCCUCGCCACACGGAGUCGAAUCGGAUCGACAGACAGACAGACAGGGGAGCUCCCGGCGUUUAUAAUACUCAACCCCAAAACCGAAACCCCCCAAAACUUGAAGAUUGAAGUGUGUGGCCGGAAGAUGGUACGGUUUAUGGUACGUUUUUUUUUGUUUUCAUGAUAACAAUGUGUGACGGCACAGACGGUGACGGAGACACAAGCUGGCAUCUGUAGCAGUUGUGCCAACGCCCUCCGCACCCACAACGAGCACCGGGGGUCGUCGCAAGGUUAGGUGAUUAGGAAUUAGUGCACUGCCAUAACGAACGAACAAAAACGCUGAGGAAAGGAACUCUCCCAGGAGAGAGAGAGAAAGACGCUCUAACAAUAGGGAGGACGUAGUGCAAAAAUUGUAGCAAAAGCUAGUAUCCGUUUUAUCAGAAGACAAAAUGGGAAUCACAUCCGAUCACACACGCUCUGUUACGCUGGUGUCCGGUUUCAUCGUCACUGUGGCUGUGUGCGUGCGUUUUGAUUCUCUCUCUCUCUAUACGAUCGCUUUCGAAUUCGAUUCCAUCGGUUUCCACCGGUAAGGAAUCACUAAUCACUGAAGCAACGCAGCACUGGCACUGCCGCCUGGCCUGGAGAGGUGUCCUUUUGGGUGGAAGUCUUCCCGGUGACGAUGAAACGCAUACCAUUUUAACAGGGCACCGGCACUGGACAGGACACGUGCUCCGCAUAGGUUGGGCUCCGUUCCGUCCUUCCCUGACUUGACAGUAUUGUGUGCUACGCGCGACGACCAGCCGAAUCCAGGCGAGCUGCAGUGAGACACUAGAACAUUAGGUAGAUAGGCACCCUGCUGCACCCGUAGCUUAAUGUAGCGGCACCGGGCGGGAAGCUGAUAAUUUUCCUGUACAUAGACCUAGGCCUUCCCUCUGGCACUCUCUUAGGAGCAACAACAAAACCACACCCCCGAAGGAGCAUUGGAAGGAGCAUUGGAAUUUUGAUUGACCGCCGCAUGGCCCGCGCACAUCGCGUUAUGAACGGCAGAAGGGAGGAGGCGCUUUUUAUGUUACGGACCCUACUAUUACACAGACGGAGCCUUGGUAUGGCCCUUAGUUCUUUACCGAAAAUGUAUUUUUGCUGUCCCCUUACGCUACUACAUCUUACACUUACGCUGUUUGUGUUACUGCUAUACUGCCGGUACGUAGGUCUUGUGCAGGUUAGGGUGCGACCGAAUCGAAACGCACUGCCGUUAGAGUGUAAGUGCAUUGAAUAGAGCGACAGAGAGAGAUAGAGAGAGAG